CAAUAUCUGGCGUACUCUUUUGCGUGGCGUAGGAUGACUGCACAAUGCGGUCUCCGUGUGUAUAAAAGGCGCGCAGCUCGCACGCUGUCCCACCACCUUCAUCGAUCGCUGGGGCUGCAACGACUGGCAAGGGAGGACAAGGGAGGACACGGCAGCACCAUUAAUUCAUAAUUAGUUUCGGAGUGAGAUAAAGAAAAGUGAGAAUGGCAAAGCCACAAGUGUUUUUCGAACUGACUGCCGAUGGCGAGGCGCUGGGCCGUCUCGUCAUGGAGCUGCGAGCUGAUAUUGUGCCCAAGACUGCAGAAAACUUCCGCGCUCUGUGCACCGGGGAAAAAGGCUUCGGGUACAAGGGGUCUAAAUUCCACCGUGUCAUUCCAGGGUUCAUGUGCCAGGGUGGAGACUUCACCAAGGGCAACGGAACUGGGGGCAAGUCCAUCUACGGCAACACGUUUGAGGAUGAGAACUUCACGAUGAAGCACAUGGCCUCGGGCAUUCUGUCCAUGGCCAAUUCUGGACCCAACACAAACGGCUCCCAAUUCUUCAUCUGCGUCACCAAAACCGCCUGGCUGGAUGGCAAGCACGUGGUGUUUGGGAGAGUGACCAGCGGCAUGGAUAUCAUCACCAAAGUGGAGUCCUACGGAGAUAGGAAAGACGGAAAGACUUCUAAGAACAUCGUGAUUGCCGACUGUGGCGAAAUCAAUUGAAGCAAACGAAUGCAUGCACUGCAUUGCCUGGCGGUGUUUGGUGAGGUGGUGUGAGUUGGCUGCUGUUUCACAGGAAUAAAGUGGCCCUGUUUUAGCUAACUUCAGCCAAAUGUGAAGGAAAAGUAAAUUAUCUCCACCAAAAGUACAUCCCCUUGAAAUAGAAGUUUGAUGCAAAGCAAUGUUUUUCCAGACCCUUGACUGGACUUGCUCUACGUAUCAUCAAGUGACAAGCUAUACAAGCUACUUUGAGAACAUUGGCAAAUAAGUUAUCGAAUGUGGCCUGAAAAUACAUUAUACAUCACUUUUGAGACGCUUUGCAAGUCAUCAGUCAGUGUUCCCGUGCUCUGAUAAGCAUUGGGCAGUGCCCAUCAUCAAUGUGUAAAUUCCACAUUCUCAUAGCAGUAGCUCGUUUCUUCACCGACAAAUAUAUUAAAUUUACCCUGGCUGGGAUUUGAACUCCUGUUUGGAAAAUAUCUUUCUCUGCCAGUUGAGCUAUAACCCGGAGCCUUCACGCUGUACAACUUACUGUAAAUGCGUGACACUUUGAUGUGGUAAUAAAUAAGCACGGUACUUGCCUUCUCAAUGUGAUUACAUAAUUAAUCACAAUGACCGAUGUAUUUAAUUUCUAUAUCGCAGUAAACAGCUAAAUUACUCCGAAUGCUUGAUAUGCAAUUACGAAGAUGUUAGUUGCGUACAUUUUUGUCUUGUACAUUUUCACGUCUGUGGGUUUCUCACCGUGACCUUCAUGUUCGACUCAUCCAAGCAUCCAACUCGCACCGUAACAGCCAAACUGCCGAUAAAAACCGCACGCAGGUUACCCAAGCAGUAUAAUCGCUCUCAGAUUCCCGCACUACUUUGCUGCAAGAUCGUUUUUUGUUAUUUCGAUCAAUUUUGAUUUGUGUCCUUGCUUUUUUUUUCUGCAAUGAUUUCAAAGCACAGCUUCUCCCCCGAAGUUGGAAUGAUGGUGGACACUGUUGUGUCUCUGUACUCAUCAUAUGACCAGCAAUAAAGUAAAUCAGGAAAAACCCAUCCAA